GCCAGCUUGUAGUAACUUAUUUGUAACAUUACCGUGAAGCCCCUUUUUAAUUUUUUUUUUUUUUUUAAAUUCAUUUGUUUCUUUUUGCCCCAUGUACCCCAAAGCUGUAUUUUUUCCAGUGGUCACACUUUAUCACAAGUCGAAGCCAUCAAGAACAUCACUUGCGCAAACUGAAGUUUGGAAUUCCAAGCAGGUGUCGUCAUGUCAAAUUCCUUUGGAGGAUUAGCGGAAAUCACUGUUUACGGAUCGCGGUUUGAAAUGCCUGAGGACUCUUUAACCGUCAUGGAGCGAAACAGAGAUUCCGGGCAAGCUUGGGACGUGGCGGAGGCUAAAGCGAGCGGCAUGCCGGGCCUCUACCUGCCCUGCUUCGACAUGCUGGCCACGGAGGAUGCCGCUUGGCUGGUCAAGGUGUCUGAGGCCUCCCCGGACGCGAGAGGAGCCGGAGCAGGAGAGGAGCCGGAACAGUGCCCUGUCAUUGACAGCCAGGAGCAGGGGCUGUCACCUGGGAUGGAGGGUCCUGAGGAGGAGCGCUCUCUGGAGCAAGUGCAGAGCAUGGUGGUGGGCGAGGUGCUCAAGGAUAUCGAGACGGCCUGCAAGCUGCUCAACAUCACGCCAGACCCCAUGGAGUGGAACGUGGGCAACGUUCAGAAAUGGCUGCUGUGGACGGAGCACCUGUACCGGCUUCCUCACGCGGGGAGAACCUUCCAAGAGUUAACCGGGAAGGACUUGUGCGCCAUGAGCGAGGAGGACUUCCGCCAGCGCUCGCCACAGUGCGGGGACACACUCCACGCGCACUUGGACAUUUGGAAGUCAACUGCCUGGAUGAAAGAAAGGUGCACAGUUGGAGACAACAAAAGUCAAGGUACUGAGGAACUUUGGUCCGAGGCUGAUUCGUCUUGUUCUGGUCAACCCAUCCACUUGUGGCAAUUCCUGCGAGAACUUCUGCUGAAACCUCACAACUACGGACGCUGCAUUCGCUGGCUCAACAAAGACAAAGGAAUCUUUAAAAUCGAGGACUCAGCCCACGUGGCGCGGCUGUGGGGCCUGAGGAAGAACCGACCGGCCAUGAACUACGACAAGCUGAGCCGCUCAAUCCGCCAGUACUACAAGAAGGGCAUCAUUCGCAAACCGGAUAUUUCACAGAGGCUUGUCUACCAGUUUGUGCACCCUGUGUGACGCCCAAAUUAGGAAACAAACAAUAUAGACUUUUUAAUACAGCCAGUCUAUUUUGUCCCAAGCAAAAACUGCCUGUUUAGUUUUGGCCUUUUUUUGUUUGUUUUUUAACAGCCAUUUUGAACUGUGAAGCGGUGUUUAACACUUCUGCCUCACAGUUCUGAGAUUGCAGGUUUGGAUCUCGGCUGGGUGGAGUUUGCACGUUAUUUCUUGGCUUUCCUGCGACACCCCAAAAACAGUCUCAAAUGAGGUCUCCAGCCAAAGAAAAAAAAAGGCAAACGUGCAAAUUACCAACUAACAGUCACAUAACCUCGCAAUUUUUGGACUGUCCUUUGGGUUCGAUCUCAUAACAAGCUUGAAUCUGUUUAUCGAUGUAUGAUUGACCAAUUAGCCAAAAAUGACCUUUUAGCAUUUUUCAUACCAUACUAUGAAAUCCCCAAUAUAUUGCUUUAAUUUAGUUUUCUUUUCUUUCUCACCCUGCCCCAAAUCCGAUGCUAACGUUUAAAAAACGGGAUUUUUUAACAAAAAUAUAACUUUAGGUUCUUCAACCGGAAGUUGCCGGUUCGUAUUACUGUCCGUGUUGCACUCGUAAACGUCCGUGUACUGUAUGUUAUACUGGGAUUCACACAUAAAAAUAUUCAAAACAGAUUUGGUAAAACAUAUGUGAGUUUAAUAUCUUAAUUCACUUAAAUUCUCUGUAAGGAUUCUCGAGAGAUUACAGAAUCACACACGUGCUAAACUGAAUCGCUCACGAAUGCAACCCGGCCAAAAACAGAGAGACAGCGAGAACGAAAAGGGGCAAAGUAUGUGGCAAAAUUAAUUUUGCCAUGUGGCGUUUUUUGGGGUUUGUGGCAAAAAUGGAUUUUAACAUGUGGCACUUUUUGCCAUGUGGCACUUUGUUUACCAUGUGGCAUUUUUUUUGGUAUGUGGCAAAAUGGAUUUUGGCAUGUGGCAUUUUUUUUUUGCCAUGUGGGAUUUUUUUUUGCCAUGUUGCAUUUUUUCUGGUAUGUGGCAAAAUUGAUUUUGGCAUGUGACACUUUUUUUUGCCAUGUGGCAUUUUUAUGGGGGUAUGUAGCAAAAUGGAUUUUGGCAUGUGCAUUUUUUUUGGCAUGUGGCAUUUUUUGUUGGUAUGUGGCAAAAUUGAUUUUGGCCUGUGACACUUUUUUAUGCCAUGUGGCAAUUUUUUGAUAUGUGGCAAAAUGGAUUUUGGCAUGUGGCAUUUUUUUGGUAUGUGGCAAAAUUGAUUUUGCCAUCUGGCAUUUUUUUGCCAAGUGACAAAAUGCAUUUUGGCAUGUGGUCUUUUUUUUACCAUGUGACUUUUUUUUUUUUGGUAUGUGGCAAAUGUAUUUUGGUAUGUGGCUUUUUUUUUUUUUGCCAUGUGGAAUUUUUUUUUGCCAUGUAGCAUUUUUGGUAUGUGGCAAAAUUGAUUUUGGCAUGUGGCAUUUUUUAUUUGGUAUGUGGCAAAAUGUAUUUUGGUACGUGGCAUUUUUUUGUCAUGUGGCAAAAUUGAUUUUGACAUGUGACACUUUUUUUGUCAUGUGGCAAUUUUUUGGUAUGUGGCAAAAAUUGAUUUAGGCAUGUGGCAUAUUUUUGCCAUGGGGCAUUUUCUUGCCAUGUGGCAUUUUUUUGGUAUGUGGCAAAAGUGAUUUUGCCAUCUGGCAUUUUUUUUGCAUGUGGCAUAAUGUAUUUGGCAUGUGGCAUAUUUUUCCCAUGUGGCAUUUUUUGGUAUGUGGCAAAAGUGAUUUUGCCAUCUGGCAUUUUUUUUUUUGCAUGUGGCAUAAUGUAUUUGGCAUGUGGCAUUUUUUUGCCAUGUGGCAUUUUCUCUGGUAUGCGGCAAAAUGGAUUUUAGUAUGUGGCAUUUUUUUCUUCUGGUAUGUGGCUUUUUGGUGGGGUAUAUGGCAUUUUUGCAGGCCAUGCAAGUCCAUGCCAUCGACGACUAAGCACGUCCAAAUUUUCCAUUCAUUUUAAAUCACAGGCAAACGUGUGGCUGUGAUUUUUGACUCUACACUUAAAUGUAUUUUGGUAUGUGUCAUUUUUUUUUGUCAUGUAGCAAAAUUGAUUUUGGCAUGUGACAAAGUUUUUUGUCAUGUGGCAAUUUUUUGGUAUGUGGAAAAAGUGAUUUUGCCAUCUGGCAUUUUUUUUUGCAUGUGGCAAAAUUGAUUUUGCCAUGUGGCAUAUUUUUGCCAUGUGGCAUUUUCUUGCCAUGUGGCAUUUUUUGGUAUGUGGAAAAAGUGAUUUUGCCAACUGGCAUUUUUUUUUUGCAUGUGGCAAAAUUGAUUUUGCCAUGUGGCAUUUUUUUGCCUUGAGGAAUUUUUUUCUGGUAUGUGGGAAAAUGGAUUUUGGUUUGUGGCAUUUUUUCUUCUGGUAUGUGGCUUUUUGGGGGGUAUAUGGCAUUUUUGCAGGCCAUGCACGUCCAUGCCAUUGACGACUAUGCACGUCCAAAUUUUCCAUUCAUUUUAAAUGCCAGGCAAACGUGUGUCUGUGAUUUUUGACCCUACACUUACCAUUACAGCACAGUGACAAUCAACUGGCACCCAAGUCAUGCUACGCACAUACAAAAAAAAAAAAAAAAAUGCCACAUAACAAAAUCCAUUUUGCCACAUACCAAAAAAAUGCCACAUGACAAAAAAAAGUCACAUGCCAAAAACCAUUUUGCCACAUACAAAGAAAAAAAAACAUACCAAAAAAUAAGCCACAUGGCAAAAAAAAAAAAACUGCUACAUACCAAAAUACAUUUUGCCACAUACCAAAAAAAUGGCACAUGGCAAAAAAAAGUCACACGCCAAAAACCAUUUUGCCACAUACAAAGAAAAAAAAAAACAUACCAAAAAAUAAGCCACAUGGCAAAAAAAAAAAACUGCUACAUACCAAAAUACAUUUUGCCGCAUGGCAAAAAAAAGCCACAUGCCAAAAUACAUUUUGCCACACACCAUAUACCACUUUUCGUGCUUAGCCCUGCUGGAAAAACAUACAUGGACAACUUCCGCGCUGUGAUUUUAAUAAUUUAUUAUUUAUAUAAUUAUGCUCCCAGCCUGUGCGUUCGAAUUUCAUUCUUCAACAUAAGUAUGACAUUACGAAGAUAUAAAGCAAAGCAAUUUGAGUCGAUUUAAUUUCAUUAUAUGAAACGAAAAAAUGCUAACGGCUACAUUUACAGCAGUUUCGUUUUUGAUUCGAUUGAUGUUGAUUUAAUGAUUGAACAAUCGACACAUGGAAUUUGAUUCUUUCAGUGUCAAUUAGCAGGUUGUGAAUGCUUAAUAUGUGAAACAGAAAUUCUGACAUUUUUCAAAAUCGUCAUUUUUACAAUGAAGCACAAAAUGCUGUAAAUAUCAGUAAAAGAGAAACUUUUAUAUAACUAGAAAUUGUGUAAAU